AUGGGCGACCGAGGGGCUCACGGCUGGACCACUGUUGGCCAUGCCAUGCCCGACCGACGCCAGGGCCGCGCGUGGCAGGCCGAGCUUGAGCGCAAGGAGCGCGAGGCCAUGGCUGCCUGGGACCGAGACGAGCUCUGGCCCGCCAUAAACAAGCCGCUCUUCAAUGGCACCGACGCCAAGCGCUUCGAUAGCCGCCUCGACAAGCUUGAGGACCUCGGCGUCGGCGCCUUUGGCAGGGUCGACAAGGUCAAGUAUGGCGCCGUCUGCCUCGCCCGCAAGCGCAUCGCCCGCAAGCCCGGCGGCCUCACCAUCGAGGACCUACGCCAGGAGGGCCUCACAAUGUCCAAGCUCGACCACUGCCACGUCGUCAAGCUCGUCGCCACCUACGCGCCCCGCUCCCACGAGCUUUGCCUCCUUAUCUGGCCCGCCGCCGUCUGCAGCCUGAGCGUCCUGCUCGACGACAUCGAGUCCUUGAGGCUCGGCGAGGGCGACCGCGACGACGUUGCCGAGAGGCUUCGCGCCCUCUGUCUCCUCGGCCCCGACGACGACGACGACGACGCUGACGCCGACGCCAACACCCGCCCCUUUGACUUUCUUUGCGCCCUCCUCGGCUGCGUCGCCCGCGCCAUGGCUCACUGCCAUGCCAACGGCGUGCGCCAUCUAGACAUCAAGCCCCUUAAUAUCCUCCUUAAUCCCUACCGCGUCUACCUAGCCGACUUUGGCAUCUCGAGAGACGUUAGUGGCCAGGACCAAACCACAACUGAUGGAACCCCCGGCACCGAAAAGUGGCGCGCCCCCGAGCUAUACGCCGACCACGGCUCCAGCAUGCAGCUCUCCGAUAUGUACUCGCUCGGCCUCGUCUACCUUAACGUCGCCACCGUGCUCUAUAACGCCCGCCUCGCCGACUUUGAGGACGCCCUGCGCUACUCACCACGCCUCUCCACCGAGGACCGCAUCCGGAUCCGUCAGGAUAAGAUCAAAAGGCACCUUGAAAAGCUCGCCGCCCACGCCCUUGUCACCCCACGCUUUAUCUUCACCUACGAGGGGCAAGAGACGGUGCGGCCCCGGCCCGUCGUCAGCCUUAUCUCCCAUAUGACGGCGCCCAACCCGCGCAAUAGGCUGCCGGCCGAAAAGGUGGACGAGAAGCUAUCCAUGCUCGGCGGCAUCCACCAAAUCUACCAUGCCGAGUGCUGCAGGCGGCCCGUGUCCUGGGUUGAGGACAAGUGGGAUAGGAAGCUGACGGCCAUGGCCAGUCUUAAGGACAAGCACGAGCAGCAGCGCAGAAGGAUCGCGGAGCUCGAGGGUAGGGACGAGACGUACGAGACCCGGCUUGAAAACGCCCGCAGGGUGCACGAGCACGACGUCGCAAGGCUGCAGGCGCUGCUGAGAGAGGCCGAGGACAAGUGCCAGAAGCUGGAGCUGGAGAAGGCGAUGCGUCGCAAGACGCACAACCACGAUGCGCGCCGGGAAGUGGCCCGUCCCGUCAUGCCCGAAAUAAAGCGCCCUGGCGGAGCCGCCCCCGUCGGCUCCGGACGGGCCAAGUCGGGGCCGACGCCGUCGACAAUGGGACCGCCGACACAGCCAACCAGACGGGCCUGGUCCCAGACGUGUCGGCCGGCUGUGACAUGCGUCCCGUCGGGGGAUAAGGCACAAAAGGAAUCUGCAGGGCCGCUGCGGGGCCCCGGCACGGCUCAGGAAGCCACAAACACCUCGGGGUCGAAGCUGCCCUUGCCCGUGACGCCCAGCCGGAGCGAGACGCCCGCCCUCACCCACGACCUGAGCAUGACAGACAGCAGCAUGUCGUCGUCGGUCUUCUCACGCCGCAGCGUCGAGACGGCGCCGACGCCGGCAAACAGCAGCCCGCAGCUCCAACGCAUGCAGCGGUCGGGCGAGCCUCAGCCCGAGCAGCACUGGACCGAGCUGGCCCCCGCCGGCUCGCUGCCACUGCCGUCUCGGCGCGAAAGGCGACGACCGACGCCCCGCAGCCCCGUGCUCUCCAUGACAGCCUCGGUCAUGUCUUCGUCGCCCAAGAUCUUCAUGUCGGACCUAGUCGCCGAGGUCGACGGCACAGACUCGACGGCGCGGCCGAUCGUGCCGUCGCUUCAGCCGACCAAGAGCUGGGCAGACGUGGCCAAGCUGGAGCAGCGGCACGUUGCCAGUCACGGCUGA